AGACGUGCUGCACCCACACAGCAAGCAGGAAUUUCAAAUUUCACACGAAAAUAACGACGGGAACAAGCAAACACCACAACACACAACAAGACGACGACACACACCUUCGACUUUGACCACCUCAACAACAACUACCAAGCGCACCCACGAACAAGCAUAGCAUGUCGACCUCAAUGGUUGCCCGCAUCCCGGAGGAGCUCCGCAUGGGCCGGGAGUUUGCGCUCCUUGGAAGCUAUGAAACUUCGCUCGUGUACUACGAAGGCGUCUGCGAGACAAUCAAGCAGUUUAUGAACCAGUGUCCUCCCUCAUCCAAGAGCCGCUGGGCCAAGGCUUAUCAUGAUGUGAUGGAGGAGUACAACUCCGUCAAGGCCAUCAGCUCCGAGAUUGAUCUUUUCAAGUCAAGCACACGCCAGCCCAAGAAGCCCGAGACCCCACAGCACGAUCCCGAUGUGUGGGGACCGCCGCCGCCACUCGAGCGCCCCGUCCAGCGCAAGCCCCGCUCUGGCGGUGGCACGCCCUCAUAUGCGCGACCAACCGCCUCCUCCCGCGUCAACUCAAACGCUCGCCGCGGUGACCGGAGCGACCGUAACGACCGCUACGGGCGCAAACCAAAGACCUCCGCCGCCAGGCCAGGGAAACCUGGCCGGGAUAAGAAGGACAACAAAGCAGCCAACAAGGACGAGAAGAAAUUCUCGGGCGAAGGCUGGGACCCGGAUCUUGUUGAGAUGCUGGAGCGUGAUAUUGUGCACAAGAACCCCAACGUGCGAUGGACGGACAUUGCUGGCCACAACGAGGCAAAGUCGCUGCUGGAGGAGGCCGUCGUGCUGCCCAUGCUGCGGCCCGACUUCUUCACCGGCAUCCGCAGGCCAUGGAAGGGUGUGCUGAUGGUCGGUCCCCCCGGUACUGGCAAGACGCUUCUCGCAAAGGCUGUGGCAACGGAGUGUGGCACGACCUUCUUCAACGUGUCCACGAGUACGCUCUCCUCCAAGUACCGCGGCGAGUCCGAGAAGCUCGUGCGUCUCCUGUUUGAGAUGGCCCGCUUCUACGCCCCGACAACCAUCUUCAUCGACGAAAUCGACUCCCUCUGCAGCGCGCGCGGCGGAGCGAACGAGCACGAGGCGUCGCGUCGCGUCAAGUCGGAGCUGCUGGUGCAGAUGGACGGCGUUGACGGCGCUCUGGGCGAUUCUUCAAACGUUGUGAUGGUGCUGGCUGCGACCAACUUCCCCUGGCAGAUUGACGAGGCCCUGCGCCGCCGCCUCGAGAAACGCAUCUACAUCCCGCUCCCAACAGACGUUGGCCGGCGCAAGCUGCUGGACAUCAACCUGGCGAGCGUGUCGCUGGCUGACGACGUGGACCUGGACAAGAUUGCCGCCGAGACGGAGGGGUACAGCGGCGCCGAUCUCACAAACGUCUGCAGAGACGCGUCCAUGAUGGCAAUGCGUCGGGCGAUCCGGGGCAAGUCGCCCGAGGAGAUUAAGGCGAUGGACAAGGACCAGCUGAACCAGCCGACGUCGAUGGAGGAUAUUACCGCCGCCAUCAAGAAGGUCUCGCCAUCCGUCUCAAAGGACGACAUUCACAAGUACGAGAAGUGGAUGCGCGACUUUGGCUCCACUUAAAUCCACAAAUACACACACAUAUAUACACAUGUACGGCCUUGGUGUUUAUCUUCAUGUUUCUCCAUGCUUCUUCCACUUCCUCGCUAUCGUAAUGUGUGACAAUUCUCCUGUUGCCGUGUCUUGGUUGUAAUGUUCUGAAGGCUCUCUUUUCUGUCUCCAACUCUCUCAGAAAGCCGCGUCUGGCAUCGCAUAAAGAACUUGAACCGC